GCUUUUAUCCGUGGUUUUCACUUGAGGUCGACUGGAGAUAUUUACUGAGAAUCCAGGAUGAGUUUUCAAGAUAUUCAGGGCGGACCCAAGCGACCCGCUUCCCGAACUCAAUCACCAUCCCAGGCGGUGGCUGCUGGGAUCUUCCAGAUCAAUACAGGCGUUGCCACUUUUCGACGACUUGUUGAUGCCAUUGGAACCGUCAAAGACACCGUCGGUCACCGCCAGAAGCUGCACGAUACGAGGCAGCGGAUACUGCAGCUGGUGAAGGAUACUUCUGCAAAGCUCAAAGCCUUGAGCGAAUCCGAUAUUGCUGCCGAUGCCGAUUCUGGUAAGAAAAUUGAAGAUGCUAAGCUGGCGAGAGAUUUCCAAACCACGUUACAAGAAUUCCAGAGAGUGCAACAGCUUGCUUCCGAGCGUGAAUCUAACUACCUUCCUGCUGCUCCUGCUUCUUCUCUACCAGCAAGCUCUGGUUCUGUCGGAGAAUCAACUGACAUAGGUCAGGAAAGCCAACCUUUUAUCAGGGAACAAAAGAGGCAGGAGAUACUCUUAUUGGAUAAUGAAAUCGCAUUCAAUGAGGCCAUGAUUGAAGAAAGAGAACAGGGCAUCAAGGAGGUAGAGGUGCAAAUUGGACAAGUAAAUGAAAUAUUCAAGGACUUAGCCGUUCUGGUUCAUGAGCAGGGGGUAGUUAUUGAUGAUAUUCAAUCAAAUAUUGGUGCUACUGCGGGUGCAACAACCCAAGCUACUACACAGUUAGCCAAGGCUUCCAAAAGUAUGAAAUCUAAAUCUUCAUGGUGUUGGUGGGUGGCUAUAAUUUUUGUAAUUGUGGUGAUCGUUGUGAUUAUUUUGCUCAUUAUUUAGUAUGCAAGUGCGUUCAUGCUGGUAUGGGAUGAUUUGGCUGGACAGGCUUUUCGCUUGUUCGGUAUCACCUUUCUAGUUUUGGUGUGAAUUUGUUAACCUCUUCUUUUAUUCCGUGAGUCCUUAACUGGGUCGAGACGUAAGGAGUUUAUGAAGGCCCUUCACGGCCAGCAGUUUUGAUAUCUAAACCGACCGCUGCUGGAAG